AUGAGUCUUAAACCCGAAAAUGGUGACCUUGCUGAGAAGCAUGCCAUCGCUGCUCCGGGCUAUGAGCCCACACGUGAUGGGAACUUCAGUAGUGACCCGGAAAAUAUGGUCGUGGCAAGCGAGAACUUGCUUCACCAAGACCUGAAAGGCAGACACAUGCAGAUGAUUGCCAUGCAAGUUCAGCACCCUGAAUCUGGUGGUGCAAUUGGUGCUGGCCUGUUUGUUAGCUCUGGCGGUGCCUUCCAGACUGGUGGACCCGCUUCUGUGCUUCUUGGUUUCAUGAUUGUUGGCGGCAUGAUUUACCUCGUGAUGCAAGCUCUCGCAGAAAUGGCUGUCAUGUACCCGGUCAACGGAGCCUUCACUAUGUACAUCUGCCGCUUCGUAGAUCCCUCGUGGGGUUUCGCUUGCGGCUGGCAGUAUGCUAUCAGCUGGCUGACUGUCCUUCCUUUUGAGAUCUCAGCUGCUUGCAACAUCAUCCACUACUGGCCCGGAUCGGAGGGCAUCAACAACAGUGCUUGGAUCGUCCCGCUACUUGUCGCUUUGGUUGCUAUCCAGAUCUUUGGGGUCGAGUUUGUCCUCAGUGUUAUUAAGAUCACCGCUUGCCUAGGCUUCAUGAUUCUCGGAAUAAUUAUUGACUGCGGCGGCGUCCCAACAGACACCAGAGGUUAUAUUGGUGCAAGAUACUGGCACUCGCCUUACACUGCAUUCCUCAACGGCUUCCACGGCUUCUGUACUGUUUUCGUUACAGCGUCGUUCGCGUAUACUGGCACUGAGCUCACUGGACUAGCUGCUGCCGAGACUGCUAACCCCAGAAAGGAAAUUCCAAGAGCUUCCAAGCAGGUUGUUUGGCGUCUCGCCAUUUUCUAUAUCGUCAACCUCUUCCUUAUUGGGUUGAUAGUACCAGCCAACAGUCCAUUGUAUAGUGGCGAAGGCUCCGAAUCCCGUCACUCACCUUUCGUCAUCGCCAUUCAGCUCGCUGGCAUCAAGGUCCUCCCAUCGAUUUUCAACGCUGUUAUCUUGAUUUCUGUCAUGAGUGUCGCCAACUCCUGCACUUUCGGCUCGACUCGCAUGGGUCCCAAGUUGUUUGCUUAUGUUGACAAAAAGGGACGCCCUGUUACCGUGGUGCUCCUUCAACUCCUCUUUGGAUGCUUAGCUUUUAUCAACUUGGCGCCGGAUGGUGGAGUUAUUUUUACUUGGCUUUUAUCAUUGUCAGGUCUUUCUAUACUCUUUAUUUAUGGCAGUAUUGCUAUGGCUCAUAUCCGCUUCCGCCAGGCCUGGGCCGCCAAUGGUCAUACCGUAGACGAACUGCCCUUCAAGGCCGCAUUCGGUGUUUGGGGCUCCUGGGUGUGCUUGAUCAUCAACGUCCUCUGCCUUAUCGCACAAUUCUAUGUCGCGCUGUACCCAGUCGGGGGUCCCAACUUGGAUCCCAAAACGUUCUUCGAACUAUACCUCGCCGGUCCUUUCCUUAUCUUCCUAUACUUACUCUGGAAGGUCUACAGCUGGUUCGUCCGACCAGAAGAUCGCCCACUAUACGUCAAAAUAAAGGAUAUUGAUAUCUACACUGGUAUGAGAGAGAAUCAGCUAUCCAUUAGUGGUGCAGAUGUCCCGGAGGAGCAGAGACGCGCUAGCGUCGCCGAAAUGCUUGAAGCGGAGAAGAAAAAAGGUCCUAAGGAUUACAUCAUGGGUGUUAUCAGAAAUGUCAUCUAA